AUGAACGUUUUGAAAAACAUUUUCAAGGACAAGGCGAACAACGUUUUCGGAAUGAUUCACGUCAGACCGUUACCGGGUAAGGAACGGCUGCGCGUGAUAAAACGUUUCCGUCGCAUUUGAAAUUAUGAACUCUUCAAACGUUUGACACUUUGAGUUAUUAUGCGCCGUUUUUAGGUACCCCGUUGUAUGACGGGAAUGGCGUGAAACGGAUCGUAUACGCUGCCUGCAAGGAAGCCGAAACGUAUCUGAAGUGCGGAGUGGUGAGUAAAUUAUGUAGAUAAUAUAUAUAAAAAAAAAGGACUGACAUACUUUGCGCGUGGGUGCAGCCACUGUGAUAAAUGGGAAGUUAGGAAGGUAGGAUACAAACAGGAAUUUAUUGUUUAUCUGUAAUCAAAGAUAAACCGAAAUUCAAUUGAUAGUGUUACUUUGUCAACAAUAUAAAUAUAUAUAUAUGUCAUAUUAUGGUAAAAUGAUUACAAAUCUACAACAAUAUGCGUUUCCAUGACAACAAUGAUUGUUUAAAAAUGAUUAAAAUAAUAAAAACUUAAAAAUCAAAUAAAACAAUCCGAGUGAGCGCAGCGAACGAGUAACCACGUCGGAACUCUAGGGACACCUAUUUAUGAUUUUUGACUCUUCCUUGUUACUUAGCCGACGUGGUUUUAGAUAACGAAUCUAGGGUUUUUAAUUCUAUUAAAAGAGUAAUAAACUUGUUAAAACAUUACAAAAAUGUUAUCAUCACAGAUAUAUAAAACAACGUCUAGAUAGCUUUGGCUAUAGUGGCCAAUAAAAUGGCCGCCAUCCUUAUCUAAGAGGUGAACGUUUACGUUUCAUAGUGUUGAUAAGGAACGAUGUUACAAUAUUUAAAUAUUAUGACGUACAUUGUACGUUGAAAAUAUAGCCCUCCAAAAUAGUAUCUUAUCACUUAUCAUAUCAGUUUAAUCUGUAAACGGUCACCUCUUAGAUAACGAUUGGCGGCCAUUUUGCUGGAGACAUUUUAUAUGUAUAGACGCGUUUUACGCAGUCGGCUAUCUUGUAUUUUUAUAUAUAUGUGGUUAUUAUUGUAUGGGUUACCAAUUUUAAAACACCUAAAAUAGUGAAAGAAAAAGUAGUCGAGAUACGGAUUUGAUUUCGGGAGUUCUGGAAAGAUAAUAAGUACGCGUUUACCACUCUACUACGACAACUAACAUCAAAUGUUAGCUUUAUUGAGUAUUUAAUAUAACUCACAUAAUAUGCAUAAAAACGAUAAACUUCAAAACUAAUAGUCGGCCCCAAUUUUCGUUUGCGCCAUCAUUUUUAAUCCGUUGAUUUUCCCAGGUUUUAAAAAAGAAAACAAUCGCUCUGUAGCUAAACAGCAAAUUGUUCUCGUAAUUCGAAAUGUUACAAUAAAGCUAUAGUCAUUUUUUGGUUGAAGCGAGAUUUCUCGUAGAUAAAUUGUUAAUAGACAAAAAAAAAAUCAUUGUAAAACUGCUGCGCUCAGACUACCCAAUCUUAGGGUUUCCGGAUUUUUGAAUCCCCAUGAUACUGAAUGGCCUUUUUUUUGAAAUGUUUACUUUUUUGCUGUGGUGUUUCGGUGUUCAAACCCUCCCCUCCCCCCCUUCGACUUUAUUUAUGACAAAAAUUAUAAUUUUUACUAUAUGCAAUUAUGCAUUAGAUUUCCACAAAAUGUGUUGUGUAACGUAUAGAAUAAAGAUAAUCAUUGAGUAUAUGUUAUGUGUAUCACACGUGCACAAUAAAGUUACCAAAUUACAUCUAAACACGAAAUAAAAACACCCCCUUUAAAAAAAAUCCUGGCUCUGCAUUUUCGUAAAUCGUUUGUUGUCGUGUAGAGUUGCGGGAACAAAGCAUUUCACUGUAAUAAAGGGCUAUUCAAAAUGAAAGUUCUGUUAAAAACGCUUUAACUCUGUUUAAAUCGCGGAACUGAAAUCCACGGAGUUUGACGCGCGGGAAUAUUAUGCUCGAUAUAAUUUUUCGCCGUAAAUUCACAGUUCCAGCAGACCGUACAUAAUUACAAAUUUUGAAUUGUUGAUCAAUUUUACGUUGUUACGUACAUUAUUUUUCCAAUUUAAAUUUGCGUUCGUUUCUAAUCGCACUUUUUUUGUCUUUGUACCUAUAUGGUGCGUUCAAAUCCCUAAAGAACGACAGUGAUUUUGUAUUUAACGCACCAUUAUAAUCGAAUUAAUUUUAUUUUCCGCAGGACGGACUUAUCGUGGAGAAUAUGCACGAUGUUCCGUACGUGCCGGCCAGACACAUUACGCCCGAAACCGUGGCCACCAUGACCGCGAUCUGUUCGGCCGUCAGGCGAACGGUCUCCGAUUGCGUUCCGUGCGGUGUUCAGGUAUGUUCCAGCUGUGGUACCAGUAUGCGCCGAUUUUCAUUUUGCCGAAAUUUCACGUCCCGUUUGCAUUUUAAAAAAUAACGAUCAACGUGGAGAAAUGUAUUUCUGGAACGAGACUGGAAUUGAUGCAGUUUUUACAAGGCUAACGUAGAAUGUAUAGUACGCAGCUAUAUAGAUAGAAGGGUUUUUAGGUGUACUUAAUUACAUAUGCAGUGACGUAUUUGAAUUCGUUUUAUGGGGGGGAGGGAGGAUGACACUAAAAUUAUUUUACACGAGUUUAUAUUUUUACACAAUUUAUCUUACCACGGAGUGUUAUUAUUUUAAUUUUUGUGUCUUAUGACACUUCUAGCAAUAUUACAUUUUUGAGUAUAUAUAUAUAUAUAAAUACCUACACGAAUAAAUUGAUGUGGUUAGGCGAUCGCCCUCAUCGUUCCCCAUCAAAUAUACGCCAUUGUGUACAGGUACCUACCAAAAGUUACAAUUUCCGCACCAUUGCAGUACCGAACUACCUAUAUUUGUAUACAAAUAAUAUAAUAUUUCAAUUUACCCAGCAAAAUGAGAUUCACAAGCAGAUUACGGUGUAUUGUUGUAUUGAGUACCAACUUGCAGGCGCCGUGCUCAUUCAUGUUUCUUAUAUUAUAGAUACUGGCCGCGGCCAAUUCGGAGGCGAUUGCCGUGGCGCAAGCCUCCGGUUUUCAGUUUGUCAGGGCCGAAGGUUUCGUGUUCGGGCACGUGGCCGACGAGGGCUACACGGACGCGUGCGCAGGCAGAUUACUCAGAUACCGAGAGUCGAUUGGAGCACGGGAAGUUUGCGUGUUCGCCGACGUGAAAAAAAAACACAGGUAGGUGGUAAUCCAUUACACGGCUCAACGGCUGUCCACCGCCCGGACGUGGUUUUUUUUUUUUUUUUUACACGCGCUCCAUGAUAAUAAUACACGGCCGUGUUCCGUCGUGACAGUUCACACGCCAUCACCCAAGAUGUGAGCCUGGCGGAAACGGCCAAGGCGGCGGAAUUCUUUAUGGCCGAUGGGAUUGUGAUAACCGGCACCGCCACCGGACAGCCCGCCGAACCCGAUCACGUAACUGGUACUUAUGUUAUUCUUUUUUUUUUUUUAUAAGGAUUUUAGAUAAUUUACUGCCAAUUUCAAUUUUGAAAAUAAGAUUGAUAAAUAGACGUAACCGCCUAAUAUUUGAAAAAGUUAUCUUAUUUACUCAAAAUGUACACGGAUAAUCAUUAACGUUAAAAAAUAAUCAAAAUAAUAUUAUAUUGUUAAAUGAAAUAAUUUUAUUUUAGAUAUGAAGAGAACUGUUAGCAUCCCGGUACUCGUGGGGUCUGGCGUGACCGCAGACAAUGUUUAUAGGUACGAGGGUGCUGAUGGAUUCAUCGUCGGAUCGCACUUUAAGAAAAAUGGAAUGUACGUAAUUUAUUACCGUAAACGAUUAUUUACCGGUACUUGAAAGUUUUUUUUUAAUGCGUAAAGGCUAUUUAGCCAGGUCAAUGGCUGUUGCCGGUCCAUCAGAUUGUUCUACUCUUAUGUGAAGCAAUUCAAAUUCUUAAAAUGAUUUUAUCCCUUGUAAUUCUACAAAAAUUAAAUAUGUUAAAAAAUUUACAUAUUUUUAUAUUUGGGAAAGUUAAAAAUAAAAGUACGAAAGUUGACUUUAGUAAAAUUCAAAUUGAUAUUCAGAAUGUUCACUAUAUCUAUUGGUAUGUAAAAUGAACACAUCUAAAUAUUCGUAUGCCACAGUUGUUAUUGAACAAUUUGCAUAAUAUCCCUACAGUGUAUUUUUGUCUUUAUAUUUUUGAUUUUAUACAAAGAAAUUUAAGAUACUUCAAAUUAGUCUGUUAUAUAUAUUAAAACAAACUUUUAUCGCAGGUGGCAAAACGAACUUGAUGAGACUGCAAUUUUGAAAUUUAUGGAACAUGUAAAAUCUAUGUGA